AUCAGAAAGCAGCUUGUUCAGAAGUGCGAAUUUGCGCACUAGCCGACUGGAUCUUCAGCCAUUGUACGACGGUGUCCACAUCAGAUUUCUUUCUCUACUGGAUUGUGGGGCAGCAACAAGAACUGACUGAUGUGAUUGACACGAGUAGUUGAACAUCAAAUACAAUACAAAGAUACAAAAUCAUUCGAUCAGGACCUUGUAUUUGUGGCUGGGCGUGAGAUUGCGGAGCUUACAAAUAUGGACAAGGUAUAUUUCCACCAAAGCCAGCUUCCGAACCAGAAGACGAUGAACUUUGCUGGAGCACCGGCUGUUGAAAAGAGUGGAAGUGGCCUAUAUCCUGCCGGGUACCCCAACUAUGCCCCAACACAGCCUGGCAUGGCCCAUACCUUGGCCCCUGGAGCAGCUCCUGCAACUCACAGGCAACUGGCAGCCGCCGCCAACCAGCAAUAUCAACAGCCUGCAAUGCCACAGAAUAUGAACCCAUCAGUUUACAGUCCAUCAACAGGGGUCUACUCAACACUGUCGCCAGGUUAUCCAGCGCCCUCCAGUGGGGCCUUUCAUCCACCAUCGCACCCUCACGCGAUGCAAUACACCACGUUCCAGUCACCCUCAGCCUACCAAGCCAGCCAGUACGCAACACCAACAUAUAUUGGUGCUCCUCAGCUGAGUGCCGGAGCAGCCUAUCCCAUGGGUAUAGCAGUAACAAAUCCCCAUGCUCCGAGUGCUUACAACCCUUCCGUGGCCAGCGUACCACGUGCCUACACAACCCAGGCUGCAAUGUCUCAGGCAGCCAUGUCCCAGGCAGCCAUGUCCCAGGCUGCCAUGUCCCAGGCCGCUAUGUCCCAGAUGGGUUACAGCCCCCUUGGAUCCAAUCCACUCGGAUCCAACCCACUUGGAUCCAAUCCACUCGGAUCCAACCCACUUGGUUCCAACGUACCAGGUUAUCCUAACACAUAUGGCUUUAAUCAGGGAUACCCGUAAAAGAAAAUGGACACAAGACACUUGGCCUUGUCUUUGUCACGUGAUAAACAUGUGAUGAAACCAUGUGAUCUGGUGUUGUUGGCCAGGAUUGUGUAGGCUAGAGCCUGUCCGCAUAUCUGGCGUCUUAUAGAUCUGCAGAACUCUUCCCCUCCAUGAUUGUGAACAAAUAUAUUAUGUUAAGACCGCCUUUUGGUCUCGAAUCAAGACAUUAUUAUACAGUUUUAGGACAUGUUUUAUCAUUAUUAAUUAUUAAUAAUAUCAGUAGGCUUUACAAUUUUUUUUACGCAGAUUAUAUACACUUAUCAGUUAACAGGAAACUUCCGUAUGCCAUAUUUACAUUGCCAGUCUUGGUAAUUUCACCUUAACAAUGGAACAAUCAUCGAUAAGAAUUGCUUUGUGUAUGUUUCUUUCCGUAAAAGGGGACAUUCUGUAUAAGCCUGGCACUAGAUCGGGCAAUGUAGAUGUUGUACAUAUAUUUUUCUACCAUGUUUUGUUUACAUCAUGGACAAAACAUUAAACUUUUUAGAGCAUUUUAGUUUUACCACCUUGUUUUUAUUUUAUUUUCGAAAAAUGUUAUUUUUUUUCUUGCUUUUUGUGACAUUACCUUGAAAAUUCACGAGUUAAUUUAUAAUUAUCAUCAUGUUGUACCAUUGAAGGUAACACUUAAUAAAAACAUAUUGCAGAAUGCUAGUUUUGUUGGCUCCUCUGCACAGAAUGUUUGCUCAGGGAUUUUCUAGGUUAUACACAGGAAUUUUCGCAUAAGUUUUUUUUUGGGGGGGGGGGGUAUCGGAUGUCAAUGCAGCACUUUUACUAGUUGGCCUCCAGUAAUAAUGAUGACCAUGUUAUGAAUUUUGAAUUCUUAAGACUUUGAUUGAAACUUUAAUCAUAAACAUGCUGAGGACAUUAGUUUGUUUAGGAUGUUGAGAUUGACUUAUUACUGGUCACUAGAUAUUAGAAUGUUGAAAUUGACUUUAAUAUUACAUGGUCACUAAAUAUACUGACAAAACCAAGGAAAAUCCCUGUUGUCUUACAAACUUAAAUAAUUUCCAUUAAGCAGGAUUGUCACAAAUUUCACAAAUAGAAUAUAAUAGAAUGAAUCUUUUGAGAAAAGACAACAUUACUGUCGGAUUGUAAAGGCAAACUUGCAUAUGAAGGUAUUCAAAUUUCUAGUUUACAUUGUACUAUCAGUGUGUCCAUGCCAGCACCUGUGAUAGUAUGGUAUUUGUUGCACCACUUCAUAAGAUUGUUAUAGCAAACACUUGUACAAAAAUCAGCUGCUAUUUUCAUUGCAAAUAUUAAAAUUUUGUUCAAUCAG